GCCACGGCAACGACGGAACAAAACAGGGUCAGAUUUGGAAGAGGACACCUUGCAGCCAUGUAGAGCCAUUCUCAUCUCAUUUAUAGGUCCAGGAGAGGGAAAAAUAACACAAGCUGCUGAAUUCUGCCUCGCUGAGGUCCAGUCCAGGGCACUGGGGUUAUGGCCUCUGACGUGGUGGCUCCAACUGUGCUACAGUGUGCUGGCCCGGCCCGACUCGAGGGCAAGAAGAAGAAACGAAAGAAACGGCAGGAGGAGAGCGAGGGCGAUGAGGACCGUCUGGAGGUCCAGGCCGAGAUCGAGGGUCUCACCAAAGCCGGGAGCCAGGCUCUGGCCCAGGACUGCCCUGAGGAGGCACUGGCCGCCUUCAAGAAGGCCUUCCUGAUCUCGCUGGACACAGGGGACCAGAGCGUGCAGAGGGCCUGUGCCUUCAACCUGGGCGCGGCCUACGUGGCCUCAGGCAGGCCGGCCAAAGGCUUGGACUUCCUGCUGAGGUCACAGCCGGCCGAGGGUGGCGAGAGGCAGGGCGACCUCUACUUCAACCUGGGGAUAGCCCACGAGGGGCUGGGAGACGUGGAGAGCGCUGCCGAGCACUACCAGCAGGCCCUGGCUCACUACCAGGCCUACCAGCCGCAGGGCGAAGCAGACACUUGCAUGAAGUUGGCCAGCUGCCGGGCAAGGGUGGGGAACCCAGCCCAAGCCAGCCGAUGCUUCCGGAGGGCGGGCCAGGUCUACCGGCAGGGGGGGAGCCCCGACAUGGCCGCCGUAGCCCUGAACGAGGCCGCCAGACACAUGCUGCAGUGCCGGCAGUUCACGGCCACCGAGAUCACCGAGGUACUGAAUGAGUGUCGGACCAUCUGCAGGAACAUUCAGAACAAAGCCCUGCUCGGAAAACUCUACAAUGACAUCGGGCUCAGCUACUCGCAGUUGAAGAUCUUCUCGUUGGCAGCCGAGUGCUUCGAGCAGGCCCUCCCCUACUGCCAGCGGGACAGGUCGGAGCGCCAGAGAGAGGCUGUGAUCCUCCAGAACCUUGGCGCCGUCUACAACACCAGCAGCGACUACGGCAAGGCACUGGACUUCCACCAGCGGGCGGCAGCCUUGCACGGUUCCCUUGGAAACAGGAAUGCACAGGGCCAGUGUUUCUGCAACCUGGCCUUCGCUUACAGUCAGCUGGGAGAGCAUGAGGAGACGGCAGAGAGUUACCUGCAUGCACUGCAGGCCUUCAAAGACACUGGUGACUUUCAUGGACAGUGGCAGGCUUGUGAAGGCUUGGGAGCUGCCAAGUUCCGCCUGGGAGACCCAGAGAAGGCCACCCUCUACUACAAACAGGCUUUAGCUGCUCUGGCCAAGUCACAGGAACCCACUGGCUCAGCGCAGGAGCGGAUUGUGAACAAGCUGGCAGACGCCAUUCAGUAUAAACUGUCCUUGAACAGUGUUUUCCCCCAUGCCGGGGGCAUCCUUCCUGCCAUGCCCUUGAAGUAUUUACCUGGAAGUUUCCCGCGGACAAACGCAUUAAGAGGUCCGGUCCCUGUGACCCAUCAACAUAGAAAUGGGCAGGAGUGUCAUCGUCAACAACUUCUUCACAGGCUUGAGCAGAAUGGAGUGGCUGUGUACAGGGCUGACUCCCAGGAGAAGGGAGGGGAGAUGACGAACGGCUUCCGUGCACACAACCAGGCAGACCCCGGCACUCCCACUGCAGAAACCGAGCAGGCUCUCGGCAACAAACCUACAGCGGGCACAGAGAGCGGAGCGGCAAGCAGGGAGCGGGGCAGGAGAUCGGGGACAGAGGUGGAGAAGGAAAAGCUUGCGGCCAUUGCAGAGGACGCGGGGCUUCACCAGGAGGGCGACGAUCACAGGAACGCUCCGGCUCAGGCCAACAGGAACUUGAACAACACGUAUCUGCAACCGGACCCCACGUACCUGAACAGCCCGCAGCUCGGAACACUGAGAGAAACAGAGAAGAGCGAUCAUUUCUACGAGACUCUCCGGACGAGGCAGGUGCUGGCUGCUGAGGAAAGUGCGGCAUCAGUGUCUCAGGAGUCUGGGAAUUCUUCCAAUGGAAUGGAGCAGGAACACCCGAAAUGGAGGAGGAGAUGGGAGUCCAAGAUGUGCAACCUGAUGUGAUACCCUGUGUGGCCGGUGUGGGAGCCUCUCUCCGUGGACACAUUGUUCCCAAGGGUGGGAAUAUCGACAGCAGGUGGAGAGAAGCACAGACCCCCUGUCGGACUCUAACGCCCCUGUUGUUAGGUUGAGAUUUCUGUUACCCGACCCUGUCCUCUGGGGUUGGUCAGUGACCCCUGACCUCUGGAGCGGUCAGUGACCUCCUGACCCUGUCCUCAGAGAUCAGUCAGUGACCCCUGACCCUAUUCUCCGGGGGCAAUCAGUGACUCCUGACCCUAUCCUCUGGGGUCAAUCUGUGCUGACCCCCUGACCCUAUCCUCUGGGUGAGGGUCAAAGUCGACCGCUGUGAACCAACUUCCUUCGAGCCUCUCCCCACCUGGAGUUGGGGGCCAGGCAGUGGGGGUCUCCCCCCCACCCCCCGCCUCCCACCGUGUGGGGGCUGGAGACCAGGACACACCCCUCGGUGACUGGGGCCACAGAGGGGAGGGGCACCCACCUUCCUGGGUUUGGGUCACGGAGGGGAACAGUGGGCCCUGUAAUCAGCCGUGAUCCAGUGGAAGGUGGACCAGGCUCGAGGGGCUGAAUGGCCUCCUGUCCCAGUAUGCCUCUGACCACUCAGGCUCAGACUGAGGGAUGAGUUGGGACCAGCCUCCCUGCCGGGGACGUGUUAUACACAGACGAAAUAUCAACGUUUUAUAUUUUUUGUAAGAUGUGACCAACUUCAUUGUGUUUUUUUAAGAAACAGAAGUCUUCUAUUUUUGUAAACCUGCCAAUCCUCGACCUAUUUUACGCGGCAGUGAGAUUGCCUUUAACUCCUUCCAGUAAAUGCCAGUUUCCCUGUCG